AUGGGCAGUCAAAAAGCAAAAGAAGGUGAGGAGCGGCCACAGAGGAUUCGUGGCAACGAUUUUGCCCGAGGGAAGGCAAUCGCGAGCGACUAUAACAUCGAACAGCAGACCAAAGCGACCCAACUGAAGACGGCGCUAACAGAACAAGUCGCGUUGUUAGAGGCCUUGGACAAGGAGAUUUUGGAAAUCCUGAGAGAUGACGACGAAGUGGACGAAGCGGCAAUGCAGGCCGAAAUCGAGAAAUGCUACAUGCUCCGGAGUGACAUCAAAGCGACAGCGACGCUUCUUGAGAAAGCGAUGAGCAAACCGGCGGUGGCAAGUACGAGUGGGGCAGUGGCGAGCACCAGCGAAGCAACGGUCGAGAGUCUAGAGACGUCGGAGCAUGUUGGUACGUCGCCUGAGCAAGCAACACCAGGAAGUUCAACAGUUCGAGCGAGACUGCCUAAGCUCGAAGCGAAGCGGUUCGGCGGAAAAAUCGAAGAGUGGCAGGAGUUCUGGGACGGGUUCGAAAGUGCGAUCCACAAGAACACGGGAUUGUCAAACGUGGACAAGUUCAACUAUUUACGAAGCUUGCUAAUGGGGCAAGCAAAGGCUGCGAUAGCCGGGUUUUCCUUGACGACCGCGAAUUACGAAGCCGCAGUACAACUCCUGAAGAAACGGUACGGGAAAGACAAGCUCAUCAGACGGGCACACAUACAGGAGUUGCUAAGAGUCCAACCAGUUUACAGCGCAAGGGACAGCGGACGAUUGAGACAUUUGAUCGACAAAAUAGAGACACACUAUCGAGGAUUGGAAGCCCUUGGGGUGGACGAGGCCUCAUACUCGGAUAUCGUGGUGCCAGCGAUACUAGAAAAGAUCCCAGAAGUUGUGCGACUGACAAUCACAAGAGACAAACCCCAUAGUGAAUGGAGCAUGAACGAUGUGUUGGGCGCGCUGGAAGGGGAAGUGGAGUUGCGCGAAGAAUAUAGCCGACCAGAGGAAGAGCCAAGAAAGAGGUUCAACGGCUAG